CACACACACACAUAUAUAUAUAUAUAUUAGUUUGAAAAAUAUCAAAACAUGAAAGGUAAAUGAAAAUGAAAAAAUGAAGCCAUGCUUAAACAAGCCAAACUAAAAGAUGCCAAAUUAUCUUUUGAAGACAUGUAUGAAAUCGGUUGCAAAAUUGGAAAAGGAACCUUUGGUUUAUCAGAGCUAUAUUUUGCUAAACCUAGAAAUGAUACCUAUGAUAAAAAUUUGCAAGUAAUGCGUAAAACAAAGAUUGAAAGGCUGUCAAAUGAGGCUCUAGAGGAACUGCAGAAAGAAUUACACCUUUCAGAAAUGAUUGACUGUCCUGGUGUUUUAUCAUUUUAUCACUCAUUUGUCAAAGAUGAAUACAUAUUUACCUUUUUUCCAUUAUACAACUAUGGUUCUUGCUAUGAUUUAUUAUCAUCAGAAUUUCACCAUGGUCUACCUAUACAACUUGUGGCUGUGGUUAUUCGCUCAACUAUUCUUGCAUUAGAAUAUCUUCAUGAUUUUGGUAUAAUACACAGAGCUGUUAAAGCAAGCCAUAUACUUCUUAAUUCUUGUGGGAAUGUUUGUUUAUCAGGUCUUUCGUAUAGUCUUUUAUUACCUAAAGAAAAUCAAAUAGCUUACGAUUAUCCUAAACAUGCAGUCCAGAUGCUUCCUUGGGUUUCUCCGGAAAUAUUACAGCAGAAUGUUAAAGGCUAUACUUACUUAACAGAUAUUUAUAGCCUUGGUAUCACAAUUUUUGAACUUGUGUCUGGCACAGUUCCAUUUCAUGGCAUGAAACCAACGGAGAUUUUACUUCAAAAACUAUGUGGUGUUGUGCCCCAAUUUCCAGAUUACUCUAAAAGCUUAGAUUCACAAUCAGAUAUUGUGAUUUCACAAUCUUCAUUGGAUGGAUUUGAAAAUGAUACUGAAUACACAACAGCUGCCCCAAUCUUGCAAAAGCACAAGCGAAUAAAACACUUACAUCAAUUAGUUGAUGCUUGUCUACAAUUAGAUCCUUCUGCAAGACCAUCUGCUUACCAGUUACAUUAUUGCUUGUAUAUCCGUCAUGUAAAGCGCAAACAAAAGGAAAAGGAUUUUCCAUCAUUUACUACCAUGCUCAAUCCUCUGGAGCCUGUGACUAAAUUUAUUCCUGCAGACGGAUCAUAUCUAGAAAGUAAUUCUCCUACUAUCGUAUCCAACGAAGCCUGGUUGUUUCCCAGCUAGUUUUUGUUUAUAUAAUAUUGUAUAUUUUUUGUAGAUACAUGUGAAAUUAUCACAUUCAUA